AAGACGACCGCGCCAGGCAUCAACGUCUCCGCUCUGCAUCAAGUCCCCUGGAGGGUGGUCCAGUCUGGAUAUCAUGUCUGAUACAUUGCCUUUGAGUACAUAUCCUUUACUGUGCUAAUAUUUGCCCGUUCAUGUCCAUAUUCAACAACCUACCAGACCCAGAAAAUGUCACAAUAUCAAUAACAGCCUCACCCGUUCCUUCCUCGGCUCGUUUUGCUUCGUUUCUCCAAAGAUGGCUCUCUUCGUUCGUCAAGUCUGGACUCUGAUCCUCAAGAACCUUCUCAUUGCUUUCGUGCGACGCUGGUUUACUACCACAAUACGAGCCUUUCUCUUACCUUGCAUCUUUGUGGGGUUUCUGUCUUACGCACGAUUUCUCUUCAUCCCGCCUUCUGUUUACGGCAUUGGCAGUCCUAUUUCAGUCCGUGAUCUGCCUCAGGCUCUCGACCUCGUAUCCGGUGGGCGAGACAAGCUGGUCUUUGUCAACAAUGGCUUUUCAGAUGGUCCCAUUCAGUCGGUCAUUGAUCGAGUCACCAGCGAUGCUGGCUCUUUUAGCGGAAAAGUAGAAAUCUUGUCACAAGAGGUGGACCUUUUGACAACUUGCAGAAACUCGAUCAGAGGCACUUCAACAUGCAUCGCCGGAGCGGUAUUCUUCUCUUCCCCAUCGGAAGGCGAGGCUGGUCGCUGGAAUUACUCGAUUCGCGCAGAUGGGGGCCUGCAGAACAAGAUCGUGACAGACUCUUCGAAAAACGAUGUAGAGAUCUACCUGCUCCCUCUUCAACAUGCCAUCGACCGCGCUAUUUCAGAGGUGGAAUCGGGAAACAAUGGCUCGGGGACUCUGCCCGAGCGGGUGGAGGAAUACCCUUAUACGUCCAUGACGAAGGAGCAGCGACUACAACAGAUUAGGACCAGGUAUAUGGGAGGCAUCAUCGACAUCCUUGCAGUCGCCUUUUUCAUUGGGGUGGUUGGCGUGACCUACCAACUUACUGGACUCAUAGCGGCUGAGAGAGAACAAGGCAUGGCACAAUUGCUUGACUGCAUGAUGCCCAACUCCAAGCGAUGGCAACCACAAAUGGCAAGGAUAGUUGCCAAUCAUGCCGCCUUUGAUCUGCUCUACGGUCCUGGUUGGAUCAUCAUGGCCAUCAUUCUUUCCGUGGGCGUUUUCAGCAAAACAUCAACAGCCAUCGUGAUCAUUUUCAACAUCCUAUCGGGGCUGGCGAUGUCUUCCUUGUCAAUCUUUGGAGCCUCCUUCUUCAAGAAAGCCCAGCUUAGCGGCAUUACCUCUGUCAUUACCAGCUUGCUGCUCGCUAUCAUUGCACAAGUCGCGGGCAAAGCAGGCACGGCUUCAGUGGCCAUACUUUCACUGCUUUUCCCGCCCAUGAACUAUGUCUAUUUCGUUAUCUUCAUGGCUCGUUACGAGAGACAGAACCUGGGAACAAACUUGGUGAAACAAGCGCCUAAUAACACCUCAGCUCUGCCAGGAAUUGCCUUCUGGAUCUUCUCGGUCAUCCAGAUAGUCAUGUAUCCCAUUCUCGGAGCGUACGUGGAGCGGGCCCUGUACGGAACUGCCUCAAAGAGCAGAAAGACGAACUACUCUGACGAUACGACCGCGAUAUCACUUGUCGGAUUCACAAAGGUGUAUAGACCGUCGAUCUUUGCCAAGUUGCGGGCUUUGUUGUGGCGAAAGAAGCCAAAAACUGUCCUUGCUGUCGAUCAAUUGAGUCUGGAUGCGAUACGGGGUCAAAUCAUGGUUCUGCUCGGGGCAAAUGGGUCUGGCAAGUCCACGACACUUGACGCGAUUGCAGGUCUCAAUUCAAUCACAUCUGGCGAGAUCGUGAUCAACUACCCAGAAGCAAACACGGGUCUAGGACUGUGUCCCCAGAAAAAUGUGUUAUGGGACGAUCUGACGGUCGAGGAGCACGUCCGAAUCUUCAAUCGGAUCAAAAGCAAAACUCCCGCGUCCAAAGACGAGAACAUGUCCCUGCUUACCUCCUGCGACAUCGUGGCGAAAGCAAAUGCUCGCUCCAAAACAUUGUCCGGCGGGCAGAAACGAAAGCUCCAGCUAGCCGUGAUGUUUACAGGAGGGUCGAGGGUAUGUUGCGUGGAUGAAGUUUCGUCUGGUCUGGAUCCGCUGUCGCGACGCAAGAUAUGGGACAUAUUGCUUGCUGAGCGUGGCACGCGCUCCAUCAUUCUGACGACACACUUUCUGGACGAAGCCGAGCUGCUUGCUGACCACAUCGCGAUACUUUCUAAGGGCUCGUUGAAAGCUUCGGGUACUUCUGUCGAGCUCAAGAACAGACUAGGCUCCGGGUAUCGGGUGCACGUCUAUCAUACUCAUGGGGCCCAGCAACUCCCCACGUAUCAAGAGAUAAGCCAUAGGCGGCAUGGCGACCAGACGAUAUAUUCAUUGAACGACUCCGCAGAAGCUGCCCAGUUUCUCAACCGCAUUGACAGCGCCGGACUUGCUGAGUACCAGGUUAACGGCCCAACGAUCGAAGAUGUCUUCCUCAAAGUCGCGGAAGAAGUCAGAUCGUCGCACGACACUCCUCAAAAAGUCGGCUUGGGUAACAAGCUCCAGGAGGUCGGCAGCCGUAGUAGUGACGAAGCAACAUCACCCAGCAAAGCCGCAGACGUGGCUAUAAAAGAUGAUUCGGCUGCCGACGUCCCGCAGCUCCUGGACGGCCGCCGAAUUAGCAUGACGCGACAAGCCAUGGCCCUUUUCUCAAAGAGAGUCGUUGUCCUUCGUCGAAAUACCCUGCCAUAUCUUGCAGCACUGCUCAUUCCAAUCAUUGCCGCUGGUUUGGUGACACUCUUCCUCAAACAUUUCGAAAAGGCUGAAUGUACUCCGGCUUCAGCCAUUUCGAUAUCUGACAUCGUGUCAUUGUCCACACAGAUCGACUAUCAGCUUGUCGCAGGGCCUCGGGAUCGGCUGGAUCAGCGUGCACUAGAAAUGCUGUCCGGCACGUUUGCUGGAAGCACCGGCGCUGGGGGUGUCGCUGCAAACACAACCAGACUACUCAACUCUCUGCACAUCGUCAACACUCUGGACGAAUUUAACGACUAUAUCCAGAACAAAUUCGCAAAUGUCACCCCUGGCGGCUUUUUCCUCGGCGAUAGUGGUUCUUCACCCACUUUUGCCUGGAAAGGUAAUGGCGACAUUGCAUUUCCGGUCAUCGUGCAAAACGCAUUGGACACGCUGCUGACCAAUAUCUCAAUCUCUAACCAAUAUCAGGCAUUUGAUGUGCCAUGGGGCGCAAGCGUCGGAGAUGCACUGCAACUGAUCACUUACUUCGGUUUGGCUAUGGCUGUCUAUCCUUCGUUUUUUGCUCUCUACCCAACCAUCGAGCGACUUCGCAAUGUCAGAGGCCUACAUUACAGCAACGGCGUCCGAUCAGCGCCCCUCUGGCUCGCAUACACAACAUUUGACUUUACUAUUGUCGUCAUUACCAGCGCCGUCGCUGUCAUCAUCUUUCGCGCGGCUUCCGAUGUCUGGUACCACAUUGAAUACCUCUUUGUGGUUUUGUUCUUGUACGGCUUGGCUUCAACACUGCUGUCAUAUGUCAUUUCUUUGUUUUCGAGGUCGCAACUUGCAGCCUUUGCGUUUGCGGCCGGUGGCCAGGCAGUCAUGUUUCUCCUUUAUUUCAUUGCAUAUAUGAGCGUCCUGACAUACUCACCGAUCGACAAAAUUGACCAGUACGUGAAUAUCAGUCAUUUCACGAUUGCUGCAAUAUCUCCUGUGGCGAAUCUGACUCGAGCAUUGUUCGUCACGUUGAACGUGUUCUCGAUUACCUGCAGAGAUCGGCAAUUUGCUUCUUAUCCUGGCUCGAUGACAACGUUUGGUGGUCCUAUCUUAUAUCUGAUCCUGCAAUCCGUCCUGUUAUUCGGCCUGCUUCUCUGGUGGGACUCAGGUCCGCUCUUCCGGCGCCUUCGCGGAAAACAACUAGAGGAAGAGGUCGAGUCCAAAGACACUGCGGAGGCUGAAAUCUCCGACGAGUUGACGAGGGUUAACUCUUCGCAAGAUGGUCUGCGGGUUCUUCAUCUUACCAAGUAUUUUGGCAAGAACCUUGCUGUCGACAACGUGACGUUCGGAGUCCCACGGAGCCAGGUUUUUGCACUCCUCGGCAGGAAUGGGGCAGGAAAGUCGACGACAAUAUCACUCAUCCGAGGGGAUAUUCAACCGAGUCGCCGUGGAGGCGAUAUUCUUGUUGACGACAUUUCCGUCAUACGCCAUCGAGCUCAAGCCAGAUCUCGGUUGGGGGUCUGUCCUCAAUUUGACGCCAUAGACACGAUGACAGUAGCGGAACACCUGCACUUUUACGCCAAAGUGCGCGGAGUUAGCGAUCCUCGUCACAAUGUUGAAGCAGUCAUGCGUGCAGUGGGACUUGAGCAAUAUGCUGACCGGAUGGCCGCCAAGUUAUCUGGAGGCAACAAACGCAAAUUAUCCUUGGGAAUAGCACUCAUGGGCAAUCCCAGCGUUCUCUUGUUGGACGAGCCGUCCUCCGGCAUGGACGCAGCAAGCAAACGCGUCAUGUGGCGUACCUUGGAGUCCGUCGUGCCUGGUCGAUCCCUUGUUCUUACGACGCACUCGAUGGAGGAGGCAGACGCCUUGGCGACAAGAGCUGGGAUCAUGGCAGGAAAGAUGCUGGCGUUGGGCACCACCGAUUACCUUCGCCGCAAGCACGGAGACGCGUACUAUGUUCACCUGGUUCAUUGUCAAGCACCUCAUGCAUCUGUCGAGGACAUGGAGCGUAUCCGAAACUGGAUCGUCAGCACUUUCCCGAACGCGGACGUCGAAAGCAAAAUAUACGCCGGACAGAUCAGGUUUUCCGUGCCCACGGCUGGAUUUCGACGCGAUGAAGAUGAGAUCAGUCAUGGCUCAGGCAUAUCUGCGGUGUUCACAGCUCUCGAAAAGAACAAGAGCGAGCUGCAAAUCCAAUAUUACAGCGUAAGCCGAGCGACACUCGAUCAGGUUUUCCUCAGUAUAGUUGGCAAGCACAACGUUGCAGAAGAGGGUACUGAGACUCUCGUUGCACCAAAGCAUCAAGGCGGAAAUGGGUUGGCGCGACUCUUCCACAUACGCAGGAGAAGGUGAUUUGAGACGUCCUACGUGUCGUUCAUGGCCAAAUAGGCAGCAUCGUUCCAUGCGGGUCGUGUACCCUUUUAUACUAUGUCCAAAU